AUGGCCGACAAAGAACUCACCUUCGCCGAGGUCUCCGAGCACACCUCCAAGAAGGACCUCUACCUCGUCGUCCACGACAAGGUCUACGAUUGCUCUUCGUUUGUUGACGAGCACCCUGGUGGUGAGGAGGUCCUCCUCGACGUCGGCGGUCAAGACUCAACAGAAGCCUUCGAGGAUGUCGGCCACAGCGACGAAGCCCGCGAAUUGCUCGAAGGCAUGUACGUCGGGAAGUUGAAGAGAAUGCCCGGCGACCCAGCCCCCAGCACCCACGGCAGCUCUUCCUCGUCCUCGUCCAGCGCCAGCUCGGGCUCUGGUCUCGGCGUCGGUCUGUACGCGUUCCUCUUGCUCGGUGGUGCGAUUGCCUACGGUACCUAUCAGUAUCUGCAGAAUGCCGCUGCUGCUGAAAACCAGCAGUGA